AGAGCUGCAGUGCCGACCCGGGAGAGGCAAAGCGAGGUCGGGCGAGGGGCCGCCGGCGGAGAGCGAGGCCCCAGUCUGACCCGCCUCGCGGCCAUGUGCAUUCCGUGCCAGCCCGCUCCUAAUAAAGCGAUGGGGCCGGUACGCUGCCUCCCGCUUCUUCACGCCCUAUAAAUAUUCAGCCGGCCCCGAACACCAGCUCGGGUGGCUUGUGGGCUGCCUGACCCUGGCUCAGAAGAACAGCCGCCGCCACCGCGGGAAAACCUGAGGCAGCUUGAGCGCCCGUCCUCCUAGACGAGCCGGCGAGAUGCCCCGAGUAGAUGCAGAUCUCAAACUGGACUUUAAAGAUGUCUUGCUCAGACCUAAGCGGAGCAGCCUCCGAAGCAGAGCAGAGCACCUCUGUUUUGUGGAAAUGAAAAAAGGAAGGGGAUGGUGGUGAAUGAAAAUGCAGGAUGGGCCUCUUUCUAUUAUGCAGAUUACCGCGAUAUCUUUAGUUGAAACCAAAUGGUAGAUCUUACUCGUACUUUCUUCUUUCGUAACUCCAAGCAAACCUAUACAGGCAUCCCCGUUAUUGUAUCAAAUAUGGACACUGUUGGUACUUUUGAAAUGGCACAAGUUAUGGCUAAAUACACCAUGUUUACUGCAAUACACAAACAUUACUCUCUAGAACAGUGGAAGCUGUUUGCAAGUGAUCACCCAGAAUGCAUAGAGCACAUAGCAGUGAGCUCAGGCAGUGGGCUGGCUGAUUUCGAGAAGCUGAUAAACAUCAUCGAGGCCAUCCCCCUUGUCAAGUACAUCUGCCUGGAUGUGGCCAAUGGUUACUCAGAACACUUUGUGGAAUUUGUGAAAGCUGUUCAUGUCCGGUUCCCAAAGCACACUAUUAUGGCAGGCAACGUAGUAACGGGAGAGAUGGUGGAAGAACUUCUUCUGUCUGGAGCAGACAUUAUUAAAGUAGGAAUUGGACCAGGUUCUGUGUGCACUACUCGGAUAAAAACUGGGGUUGGCUAUCCUCAGCUCAGCGCAGUAAUUGAAUGUGCAGAUUCCGCUCAUGGACUGCAAGGACAUAUCAUUUCUGAUGGAGGAUGCAGCUGUCCAGGAGAUGUGGCCAAAGCUUUUGGAGCUGGUGCUGAUUUUGUGAUGCUGGGGGGCAUGUUUGCAGGACAUGACCAAAGUGCUGGAGAUAUUGUAGAAAAAAAUGGUAAAAAAGUGAAGCUUUUCUAUGGAAUGAGCUCUGACACUGCUAUGAAGAAGCACGCAGGUGGUGUUGCAGAUUACAGAGCUUCAGAGGGCAAAACGGUGGAAGUACCCUACAAAGGAGAUGUAGAAAAUACCAUCCGUGACAUCCUGGGUGGUCUCCGUUCUGCUUGUACCUACGUGGGAGCUGCCAAACUCAAAGAGCUUAGUCGAAGGGCAACCUUUAUUCGGGUAACUCAGCAGCACAACACAAUAUUUUCUUAGCCAAAGAAGAAAACCCCGGGCCUUUGGAGAUGUGAAAUUUGCUAUGUUCUGUUUCUCCUCCACUUCUUUUAUUUAUUUUGCAGGAUGGGGAGGUGAUUAUAUUCCCAAUUAGGAAAGAAGCAGGUUGCUUAAUACCAUUGAUUGUUGUAGUAGUGGUUGGAGUCGGGCCUAGUGAGAACAAGCCAUAAACCGCUUCUGGGUCCAUGGUUAUGGUUUUGUCCAGAAUUGUUCAGUGGUCUUCUUUUUAUAUCCUUGUCUAUUUAAGUAAGAAAUCUAGAUCGAGCUUUCAGAACAACUGAUCAGAGGGACUUAGAUGUCCAUUCAUAAAGUAUUUGUCCCUUGGAUCUGCCAUUACUAAAAAAAGCAAAGCCAUUCGGGAUUUUAUAUUUAACGUUUCAACUGCUCCUGCAAUGUGUGGUGAAAGUCAGAAGAACAGGAAAAUAACUGUGAAGCCCAGAAAGCCCUCACUGCAUGGAUACUGCUCCAGCAUGCCACCUUGGAAUAGCACUUACAGAAUUAAAAAAAAAAAACUGUCUUAUUUUUACAGAGGCAUCAAGUGUUCAGUUUUUAACGUGUGCUGAUUAUUAUAAAGUUCUUAAAAUGGUUGAUCAAAUAGUUACACUCCCUUUAUUGUAGUGCUUUGUUAGGAGAUGCUCCCUUGUUCCUUCAUUGCAAAUGGAGAUGCUCCCUUGUUCAUUCAUCUCCGUUUUAAAGAUGAAAGAGAUAAGCUAAUGAUGAUUAACUAUUUUUUUUUCUCCAAUGACUUUGGGAAAAGACAGAGAAGGUACUGCAGUUCCACACCUGACCCUACUGUGCAGAGCAUAGAGCUUGAAAAAAAGACAUGCUAAGUUAAUAAAUAGCAGAGACAUGUUUUGGUUGUGCAAGAUCUAGAUCUCGUUUUCCAUAUCACUAUUGUAAUACGCACAACCAAUUCAUUAUGUAACAAUUGUUUCAUAAUUUUAGGAGGCAGUUUUUAUGUGAAACUUGAUAAAUGAUAUGCAGAGGAGAUUCACUGUAACACUCGUGAAGCUGCAUAUCUGCAAUGUAGGUUUACUGCAAGUAAAGUUCCUUAUUUUUUCAAUUACCGUAUAGUUUCUUACUAUAGCAUUGUUUUAUUUUCAAAGUCCAAGUAAAAUUUGAGUAAUUGGUAAUUAAAGAGUAAGGUAUAUGUUUGUGACGCCAGAUUUGGAAGUUUUGAAAUCUUUUUUCUGCCACCUAGUGGUUGUCUCAAUUUUUGCAGCCCAUAUCUGGUAACUUGACACGUUUACAGUGAAACAAAUAACAAAACCAGUCACUGAUUGCUUCUAGACGAAUGAUACAUAAAGCCAUACUAUAAAUAACUGUUCUUUUCCUUUGGGCUGAUUUAUGUAGCAUGUAGAAAUAUUUUUAAAAUUCUUUACUUUUUUUCUACAUUAGAAUUAUAACAUCUGUCUAUGUUGAUUCCAUCAUUUAUCUAUGGUGUCUUUUUAGGUACAGACGCACCAUACAAGAGAAAUGAAAAAUAUAUUUACCUCCCAGGUAGCUAAACAUCUUUCAGAGAUAUGAUUACUGAAUGGCAUUUUAAAAUCAGUUUUCCUGUUAAAUGUGCCUACUUACUCCAUUGUAGGUAGGUACGUAGCCCUUUCCCCUACCAAAAUCAAAACAAAAAACAAAAUCCAGGAGAAUCCAUGCAAAUAGAGGACGCAGCUUGCAUGUCCCAAAAUAACACAAAUGCAGCUGCAUCUGAAAUGUCCAGAUACAUUUUUAAAAUGCAACAUGGAAUUGUAAUGUCAGAAACGACAGCUCGCACUGGCACACAAGAAUGAGAAGCUUGAAUUGGAUACAGGGCAGUUCCAUGAUACAAAACAAGACUCAGAAAGCCCUAUUAUGCUAAAAUUAAAAUUAUUACAUUGGCUACUUAUUUAUUUCCAGGCAAAAUAAAAAAUGAUGGUGACUACCUGUGAAUUAGUAAGUGAUUUAAGUCUAGGUUAUCUAAGCAAAUGUCUUGUCACUUUACAAUCCUUCCAUACAAAGAUGAGCCCUGGAAACCCUGUAUUUGCCACAGUUUUAACAGAUCCUGAUUGUGAGUCAAGCCUGGGAUUAAUGAGAUUGCUGACCUUGAGCAAGGCUUUGGAAACAGAACUUUUUAGUCAGGCUAUUUAAUAGGGUCAACUCUAAUUGUUAUAAUACAUUAUAAGUUUGAGAUCUUUUAUAAUUGUGGCUCUUAGAUGCUCAGUAAAUGACAGAAGAGGGUUAGCUGUAAUAAACAAUAUUUGCCAUAGGCCAGUUCUUAGCACCAGCCACAGAUAGACGGGUUCACAUAGAUCAGUGGUUCUCAACCUGUGGGUUGGGACCCCAUUUGGGGUCGAACAACCAUUUCACGGGGGUUGCCAAACAAGGCUGUCCGCCAUUUUUCCCCCUUUUCUUUGGCCACGCCCCUGGCACCCGUGAUGUAUAAGUGGUUGGGGCUCACCACAACAUGGGGAACUGUAUUAUGGGGUCACGGCAUUAGAAAGGUUGAGAACCACUGACAUAGAUAGAAGGGUUAUAUUGGUAGUUUAAGUGGGACAUUUUUCCUCCUUGGACCAUCUGGCCUCAGUUUCUGAGUACAGGAAGUACAGAAACUGUCUGAAGUCACCAUGGUGCUGAAAAAAGUGACUUCACAAUUAGUCCUUAUGCUUAAUGAUGAUUGCAGCAUCCCCAUGGCCAUGUGACUGCCAUUUGAAACCUUCCCAGUCAGCUUCUGACAAGCAAAGUCAAUGGAGAAGCCAGCAGUGGCUCACAAGUCAGGGUUAUGUGACAUCUUAAUGAUCAUGGAUAAUUUGCUUCACUGCUGCAACUGAGACUGCUGGAAUUGUUGUCAUAAAUUGGCACAUUCAGGUUUCACUUAACAACCGUGACAGAAUUGCUCAUCCCAGUUAGGAUCAUUAAAUGAGGACUACCUGUACUGGAGUAUCUGCACUACACGAAAGGAGAUAACUGCAACCACUUCAGCUCAAACCUUGGAAUUCUGAGUUUUGGAAUUUAUUUGCGAUAAACGCCCUAAAAACAAUGGUCAUUUUUUUUCCUGACUUCCAAAGUUUUCUUCAUGUUCAGCAUAACAGAUUUUCACGAUAUAGCUUGAAAAUGCUAGAGUCAAGCCACUGAAUAAAAUGCUUCCACGUCAA